AGUAUUAUAUUGAAAGGUGAGUCUUUCAAAUGUUCUGUGGGUGAAAUUUUAGUGGGAUGUGAUGUGCGUAAUCAAGACUUAAAUAUUUUUUGACGAAAUCAGUUUUUCAUUUAACAUACAUUAUAUAGCUAAAAAAGCUUUUUUUCAUAGUUUGUCAAGGUAAAAAUGCUUAACUUCUUGAUUUUUGGAUCAAUUUGUUUAAUAUCGAUUCAGUCUGCAAUUUGUGUUUCCGAGUGGCCUAAAGGGACUUAUGGAAUACCCGAACCUAAAACAGGUUGUCCGAUUGGCUUUCUUCCUGGAUCAAGGACCAGGAUGGUGAAUGGUUAUUCAACUUCGAAAAACUUAAGUCUUUCGGAGGAAUACAAUUCAGUUCACAAAACAAUAACCAUGAAAUUCUGCAUGAAAACUCAAGUAGGAAAAGGCCCUGAAUGGCCAAGAGGAACCUAUUGCAUUUAUAAGAAAGGAGAAUGCCCCUUGGAUUUCUUUCAAGGAUAUAUUUAUUGGGAUGAUACAGCCCCCCUAAUAAAUCCGUUAGUCCCAAACUAUCAAAAAACAUCGGGCGUUAUUCCUGACGGCACUUAUAACGCAAAUACUCUCAUAGAAUAUUGUUGCCGAGCAGAUGGAUCGUCUCCUAUGGUACUCUCUUUCUCAAAACCUUUUUUCCUAAUGAAAUAUAGAGGUUCAAAUUGUCAAGAUGUGAAGGGUGCAAGUGUAGAAGUUCAGGAAUCAACCUCUGUUGACGAGAAUAUAAAUACAAAUAGGUUCAGUGGUGCUCAUCAGACAGUUGUUAGAGUGUCAGAAAAAGGCAACAAAUUUCGUUUAUUUUAUUGCUAUUACACUGCCAAAGAAUUAAAAGUGAGAACAUUCUUGGUUGUGAUCUAUGCCAUUGGAAGCAUCGUAGCUGCUUGUGUGCUGAUCUCUUGCAUUAUGUUUAUGGUGAGAUUCUUUUACCAGAAUAGACGAAUGAAUAGCGAGCUAUCUGGAGAGUCAGCUCAGGAGAGAAUGUUCCGAUCAGUUGCCAGUGAAGAGGAAAAACUAGACGAGUUGGAAGAAAAGGAUGAACCGCCUGCUUAUGAUGAAGUGAUUAAAGAUCAGGAGAAAUAUAAAAAAGCUGUAAGCGUUAGAAAUCCAUACAGGGAAGAAAUAUAAUAAAGGUAAAAAAUCUUGAACCGGUCAAUAGUACAGUAUUUAUAAGCAUAUUUAUUAUAAUUUAUAUCUAAUCUAUUUCGCUAUUUGGUUGUCUAAUGUAAUCAUUGAUAUAUCUGACUAUCAUUGAUGGAUACAAAAACAAAAACUAAAUUGGCUUUCAUUCUUUAAAAUAUUGACUAGAGAUGCUGGACAAUCUCCUAAACAUGAAUACUAGGAAAUAUCUUUUAUUUUGGGAAUCAACUGUAUUUAUAGGUUAUUAAAGUAUUCUUUUGAAGGAAAUUUUUGUAGAAUUAGCAAUAAUACCAAGAAAAUCGAUCAAGUACAAAGAUGGAAUAGUAAAGCUUCAUAAAGAGGAAAUAUCCAAAGAAAAUAUUAAAAUAUUUAUUUAAGCUAGAUUUCUGACAGUUUACAAUAAGUUUACAAAUACAAAAACAUUUACCUUUAUUGAUUAUAAAGAACAACUAAAAAAAAAUGGAACAUAUUCAAUGUUAAAGACAUUAGCUUGAUGAUUAAGGAAGCCAUUAAUAGCAACAGUACCAAAGCUUAGGUGUAAACAAGGGAAACUGUACUAAAGAAUAUCAAUAUGCAAUUGACAAAUGCUUACAGCAAAUGAUAAAAAAGAUUUUACUUCUAAUUAAAUCAUCAUAGAUUAAACAAUAAUAAACCCUAGAGACAGAAUAAACUCUUGGAAAGUUUUGAAGUGCAGCAAUAGUCUUAGAUGGUUGAAGUAAUGGAUAAUAGCUAGUUUGCUAGAUCAUUUGCUAUGUCUGCCGGUUAUUUAUUUUGUAAAGGCUAUGAAACUAAAUACUCAUUAUAUAGACUAUAGAGUAGAAUAUAACUCAUUGUAAUUCUUGCCUAAUAAGAUUUCUCAUUUAUUCAUUCGAUGGGAGAAUAGAGUAUGAAGACUGAAAACAAGUUUAUGUUUGUUUAUGAUUACAUUGGACAAUCGAAUUUCGAAGAAUUUAAGAUCUGUUAAAAGGAAAUAAAGUAUUAUUGCCCUGCUUAAGAUUUUUUAUCAAUAUUAAGUAACCUUUCACUGUACUAAAAGUUAUCACAUUAAGAAAUAUUAUUGGAUUGAGGAAAUUUACAUUUUAACCAAACGAGAUACUUAAACUACGGCUUAAAAAUAGUAUUUUGUUUAUGACUCUAUUUUUGUUCAAUGCCUAACCUUAUGGUUUUGCUUUUAGAAUCUAUUCAUCCUUUGUUUUUACACAUUUAAACUUCAUGUUAUCCCUACUUAUUAUUUUAAUUAAUGUCUCAAUUUAAUCUAUUCAAACAUUGUGGCAAAACCUAUGCAGCAUGUGAGAUUUUCCUUAGUAUGGUAAUUAUUCAAUUAUAUUUUCGACAUCAUGCAGGGAGUUUUGUUAAGUCUUAAGUAUAAAUGCAUAAUUUUUUCCUUUACCAUCUUUAUGAACGCUUAUCUCAAUUUAUUAAUGGCAACGUUAUAUAAAAGUCAUAGUUUGUUGUUAUAGUGAUUAGUUUUUAUUGUUGAAAUUUGUAUAAUUGUACAUUCUACCACCUCCUUGGAGAUAUUUACAUUUUUUAUCACCAAAUUUUAGUUAUGAGUUAUCAAUAAAUAUUCGUUUUUAAGCGUUACAGUUUUUAGAUAACGUUAUGAUUAAUAUUUAAAUAUUAAAAACAG